AUCAACCUUCAAAAAUUCAGACCACAAUGCAAAUUCAAGAAUCACAUCCGUAUUCAUUUGAAUUUUUGCAUGAAAAUAACUCGAUUCGUUUUGAUGAGAAACUCUUAGAUCCACAUUUUAAUGAGGUCAAAUACAAUGCGUCAUAUGCAUUCGGAACUGAUUAUAGAUGUUAUAAACCGAUAACUGACACGGAGAUAGGUUUAUCAUCAAUCCCUGAAGAUUAUUGUAUUAUAUGUUAUGAUGUUAAUGAAUUGAUAAUCGACACAGAAAUUGGUUUAUCUUGUGAUGGUAACAUUGAAAAGACGACUAGCUCAUCUGAUAUUAGUUUUAUCAAUUGUAAUAAAAAUCUAAAUUACGAAUAUUCAGAUGUCUUCUCUAAAAUUAUGGGUCCUUAUG